GAUUCUGUGUGUCUGCAGUUUGAGGCCGGGAUCAGCAGAGAGGAGGAGCUGCUGAUAACAGCACACAGCCACAGACUGACUGAAGUACAGCUCACAUACGACUCCUGAGGACAGAGCUUCUGGGUAAAUCUCUGCAGGUGUUAACGAGCAGCAGUGCUCUGCUGCAGAGACUCAGACAGCUGCAGAGGACUGAGGCCCUCCAGAGGAGAGGAGGAGUACUGCAGAAUGAGGAGGAAGAGGAGGAGGAGAGUUCUCCUCUCAGCAGGGGGGUGGCGCUGAGGCUGGAGAAGCUGGUGGAGGUGCUGCAGGAUCGCAGGAGGAGGGCAGACCAGGCCGUCAGACUGCAGCUCAAACAGCUGGAGAAGCUAAAUGUGGUCCAUGAGGAGGAAGAAGAAGAGGAGUCCAGAGAGACCAGUUUAGAACCCAGAGAUCAGCAGAGCAUGGACCUGAGACUGACUGUGGAUGAGAUCCUGGACCACAACCAGCAGUCUGAACCAGAACCAGAGGAGAGCCCAUACAUGAGGUUAGACUUCAGAACUAAAGAAACCAGAGAAAUGAAGUCUGGACCCACGUCUGAUGAAAAGUCUGGAUCCAGAUCAGAGCGAACCAGAAUCCAGGAUGAAGAAUCAGGUCCAGAUCUGAUAUCCAGAUUAAAAGAGACUAAAACUCCAGAGCCUGGAUCUGGAUCUGAUCUUCAACUUGGGUCCAGGUCGGACCUGCCGCUCGUACUUGGACUAGUAAAAACCAGGAAUCUAAAGUCUGGGGAGACCAUAGACCUCCUGUACAGGUCUAAACCAGACCUGCUGUUAAAUUCCAGAUCAGAGGAGACCAAAACCAAGUUUGGAAUCAGAUCAGGUUUACAUCCAAGAUCUGCAUCCAAGCUAGAGGAGACCAAAGAUCUGUCUGUACCAGAUUCCGGACCUCAAACAGGAUCCAAGUCUGAUCUGGAGCCUGGAUGUGACUCAAAAUUAAAGCCUGGAUCCAGACCAGAAGAAACCAGAAACCCCCUACAGGGUUUUAAAAUUAAAUCUGAAGUCUGGAUCCACAUCAGACAGACGCCUGGACCUAGAUUAGACCUGCUACCUGGAUCCAGAUUAAAGUCAGCUGGGGAGGUGGAGUCUGGAUCCAGGUUAAAGGAGAUCAAGACUCUACAGUUUGGAAUCAAAUUAAACAUGAAGCCUGGAUACGGAUCAGACCUUCAACCAGAUUGUAGACCAGAGGAGACCAGAGACACAGAGUCUGUAGUCAGGUCAAAGGAAACCAAAAAGGAAGGACCCAGAUCAGAUCUGAACCCAGGGUCAGCAUCAGAGGAAACUAAAGAUCUUCAAGCUGAAUCUGAGCUGGACUUCUUUUAUGGAUCUGUAUCGGAGGAGACCAGAGAGGUCAGGUCCCGGUUGAGGUUAGAUCUGAUGUCUGAGAUCAAGGUCAUACCAGAAGCCUGGAUCCAAACCAGAGAAGACCCCAGCCCCCCCUCCUGUUUCCAGACCAGACCUUCAGUCAAGACCCUUACAGUUAGAUUCCAGAUCAGAUCUGAGGCCGGUAUCAAGGCAGACGAGAUCAGAAUUCUGAAGUCUGGAUCCACAUCAGUGGAGAGCAAGACCCGCAGUCAGGAUCCAGAUCUCAUUCAGAGCAGGAAUCUAGAUUGGAGCAUUCAAGAGACCCAGAGCCUGGACUGAG